CGCGCUCUCACGCUGCGUGAUCCCCAUCACAAACCGAGAGCUGAACCCAUGGAGUAGUAGUAGCAGCGGCAGCAGCAGCCUGCUCACAGUGGGGGAGUGCUCACGGCUUCCUUUCGCCCCCGUUUCUCUUCGUUUUUCUCGUCAAUGGAUUCUUCCUCUUUUCUCCCGGAUUCUGCCUCGUCUCACCGCGAGUGAGCUGCCGCGAGUCCCGACAGGAAGAGUCUCCCAACAGGAGACAAGAUGGCGUCCAACAACACCCUGCGAAGCUACUCCAUCAUACCAUGUUUCAUCUUUAUCGAGCUCGUCAUCAUGUCGGGCACGGUGUUGUUGGCCUACUACAUGGAGUGCACGGACCUGUUCAGCGUGCACGUGCAGGGUUUCUUCUGCAACGACGCGGAGCUGAUGAAGCCGUACCCCGGCGCGGAGGAGUCCAGCUUCGUCCCGCCGCUCAUCCUCUACUGCGUGGUCGCUGCUGCUCCCACGGCCAUCAUCUUCAUCGGAGAGGUCUCCAUGUAUGUGAUGAAGUCGACGAGGGAAAGUCUCCUGGUGCAGGAGAAAACCAUCGUGACGGGAGACUGUUGUUACCUCAACCCGCUGAUCCGCCGCAUCAUACGCUUCAUAGGUGUGUUCGCGUUCGGCCUCUUCGCCACGGACAUCUUCGUCAACGCAGGUCAGGUGGUGACGGGCGGCCUCUCGCCCUACUUCCUCUCAGUCUGCAAGCCCAACUACACCGGCACCGAGUGCCGCUUUAAUCACCAGUUCGUCGUCAACGGCAACAUCUGCACAGGAAACCCGGUCGUCGUGGAGAACGCCCGCAGGUCGUUCCCGUCCAAGGACGCUUCGCUGAGUGUUUACUCCGCUGUUUAUCUGACGAUGUACAUCACCAGCACCAUCAAAACCAAGUCCAGCCGCCUGGCCAAGCCGGUGCUGUGUCUGGGAACGCUCUGCUCCGCCUUCCUCACCGGCCUCAACCGGGUCUCGGAGUACCGGAGCCACUGCUCCGACGUGGUGGCUGGAUUCAUACUGGGCUCGGCUGUCGCUCUGUUUCUGGGUAUUUGUGUCGUGAACAACUUCAAAGGCGUCCACAGUGCGGCGGUCAAACAGAAGACGGAAGACUACCGCGGUCUGCCGCUAAUGACUUUCCCACGCGUGGAGAGUCCUCUGGAGACGCUCAGCGCACAGAACCACUCGGCAUCCAUGACGGAGGUCACAUGACUAAGGGGGCAGCACCGGGUCACGUUUGCGUCUCCACAGCACUUCCAGACACAAUGACGAGGACGCAUGCCACGUGGCUCCGAAUGCUUCACACACACUGAGAAAAGGAACACGCCCCACUCCUGAUAUUAUAUCUGUUUCAUUCACCUACGUAAGGGGGGGAGGGGCAAAAUCCACCAUGUUUGUAAUGGUUCUCAUCUCGUUGAGCUAUGCUCAGUUACAGCACACAGAUUAGCAUCAGAACAACAACGACGACAAAAAAAGAGAAAAUCACAAAACAAAACUUAAGCACAGAUUAUUUUUGAAACAUGGGACAUUUCCUGCCCCCCCCUCCUUUUCCAGGUGUGUGGUUUGUAGUUAGAGGACAGUGUUUUGUACAUUUUGUAUGAGCGAGUGCUGUAGCCUAACCUGACGGUGUUACACCCACACACUUCCUGUCAGCUUAUUACAUCACAGCUGAGAAACGCACCCCCCCCCACCCCCCCCGUCCGCGUGUCAGUCACCGCAUCCGUCGCCGCUCUCAGUCUGGGAAAAAAAAUAAAUCUGUUAUGUAAAAAAAACAAACAUAAAAAACAGACCUAUCGAUGUUGUUGUUCCCGUGAUGUUUGUCCUUUGUACAGAAAAAAAAAGAAAAAAAGAGCGAAUCCUUUCUUUUGUUAUCUCACUGUACAUUAACUUGACCGUGUCAGGUCAUAUUUUGUAAAGAUUUUUGUUAAUCUGUAUGACUAUUAUGAUCCAUAUGGACCUGUUUGCCUGCUGUAAACCUGGAUAUGUUAUGGUAUCAGUUAAGUGUUUUUGGAGGGGUGGGAAAGACCCCUCUCUAUUUUGGAGGAAAUGACGAGGAAGAGUCUGCGUCAUACUCUGAGUCAGGAAAUGGGGUUCAGCUCUUGUAACGCCAUGUUAUCAGCCAUUUUAUGUGAAAAUACUAGUCGAAAGAAAGGCCCAAUCCCAUUUGUACCCCUUCCCCCCUGGAACUGAGUUACCAGAGGUAAAAAAAAAAAAAAAGUGGUUAAAAUUUAACCCUACGAAUUGGGACUCUCCUUCAAGAAGCAGGUGCGACAGUUUUUUUUUUUAUUAUUCCUGGAGGUUCAUUAAAUAAAGCCGCUGUCAGCUGUUCAGCUGUUGUGUUUCCGCUUGUAUGAACUAAGAUAAUUAUAUACCUGUCUGAAGCAAAGCUGUCGGAAAACCUUGGGAACACUCGAGGAGCAGUUUGUGGCGCUUACAAGAGACUGCAAAGAAAGUUUUGUUGUGUUUAGCAUAGCUAAACCUGCUAAUGAAUGUUAUCUUACAGUUUCUUUGGAUUUGGCUAAUAUGUGAAAAAAUUAUGUUAAACAGUGUUGGCUUCAUAAAGCUUUCCAAUGUUAGCCUUAUGAAGCUAACCAAUGUUAGCUUGACAACGGUUAGUUUCUUUGGAUUUGGCUAAUAUGGGAAAACAUUGAUUCAAGUCAACCAACAUUAGCUUCCCAAAGCUUAUAAAGUUAGUCUUAUGAAGCUAACCAUUAUUAGCUAUAUGACAGUAACAUUAGUUUCUUUGGAUUUGGCUAAAAUUGGGAAAACAUCUCUUUAACACCAUUUAUUCCAUCAUUAUCUUUAUAACUUAGCUUCUUUAGUUUGGGUUAAUCUGGGAAAAAUCUCGUACAGCGAACCCAUAAUAGCUCUGUGAAGCUAACCAACGUUUGCUUUGUGACUGUAACAUUUGUUUCUCUGGAUUUGAUUAAAUGUAAGUGGGAUUCUUUUCACCCUAACCCUCGACAAGAACAAGAACACAUGAACGUGUAAAACGGAGAAGGGCUAAGUGGUCGGGGCUGAGGGUGAAAUGGGUUUGAGCCAACGUUUGUUUCACCCCAAUUUCCUGAUUCAUUGUGAUGUUAAUAGAUGUUGCUGUACAGAAAUGUCCGGUGGGGCUCGCAGCCUGUGCCAGGUCUACCUUAGAAAUUCUCAUUUUUAAGAUAUGAUGGGGGGGGUAAAAGAGAUACAAAUGCUUUUUGGAGUGAAACUGAGUUAUUAAUUUGCCCCUUGACUGGCCCUUUUACAGAAAACAAGGCUAAUGACUGCUUCACUUUUCCUCCUCGAGGUCUCUCUCUCCCCCUCUCUCCCCCUGUCCCUGAGCCUCCGGUGGAUUGUGAUGCAAUGUUGUGACUCCAUUUCCUAUUGGAAGAUACAGUUUGCCCCAGCAUGAAGAGAGAAGUCGAGAUGUUUUAUAAAUAUUCCUGAUUUGAAUAACGCUCAUUAUCAUUGUGAUUAUUAUCAUAUUUUACUUUGAGAGCAAAAGAAGAAGCGUUUCGGUUUGAAAUGCUGCAUAUAUUUUUUUUUUUUUCUUGCUUUGUCCACAAAUUAAAUAGUCAGUAGCAACAAUGUG